CGAGCAAGCAGAAGACGACACGCCGAGAGGAGGGGGCUGGAAGACUGAGACGCCUCCAGCCUGAAGGGGCCGGCGGUUUGGCCACAGCAGCCCCGGACUAGCUAGCUUGUACCUUCGCGGCUAAGUGAAUGAAGUGAAUGGGAUGGAGCCGGGACCGUCUGGCGCUGUGCCCUUGGGGGCCUUCCCCCCACCCCUGCAGCAGGUGUUUCAUGCCCCCCGGCGGCCGGGCAUGGGCACCGUGGGCAAGCCCAUUAAGCUGCUGGCCAACUACUUUGAAGUGGAAAUCCCAAAGAUGGACGUUUAUCACUAUGAGGUGGACAUUAAGCCUGACAAGUGCCCACGGCGAGUCAACAGAGAGGUGGUGGAGUACAUGGUUCAACAUUUCAAGCCCCAGCUCUUUGGUGACAGGAAGCCAGUGUAUGAUGGCAAGAAGAAUAUUUACACCGUCUUAGCACUUCCUAUUGGGAGUGAAAAGGUGGAUUUUGAGGUAACUAUCCCUGGUGAGGGGAAAGAUCGAAUCUUUAAGGUUUCCAUCCGCUGGUUGGCCAAAGUGUCAUGGCGGCUGCUACAGGAAACUCUCGUCAGUGGUCGACUGCAAGUCCCCCUCGACUCAGUUCAAGCCUUGGAUGUGGCUAUGCGCCACUUGGCCUCUAUGAGGUACACUCCAGUGGGUCGGUCCUUCUUCUCCCCACCUGAAGGAUACUACCACCCACUUGGUGGGGGGAGGGAGGUCUGGUUUGGCUUCCAUCAGUCUGUGCGUCCCGCCAUGUGGAAGAUGAUGCUUAACAUUGAUGUGUCUGCCACGGCCUUCUACAAAGCCCAGCCUGUAAUUGAGUUCAUGUGUGAGGUUUUGGACAUUCGCAACAUCGAUGAGCAGCCCAAGACCCUCACAGACUCACAGAGGGUCCGCUUCACAAAGGAAAUUAAAGGCCUGAAGGUCGAGGUGACACACUGUGGGCAAAUGAAGAGAAAAUAUCGUGUAUGCAAUGUCACCAGACGUCCUGCCAGCCAUCAAACGUUUCCCCUUCAGCUUGAAAGUGGGCAGACGGUAGAAUGUACAGUGGCCCAGUACUUCAAGCAGAAGUACAACUUGCAGCUUAAAUACCCCCACCUACCUUGUUUACAAGUUGGGCAGGAGCAAAAACACACCUACCUGCCCCUGGAGGUGUGUAACAUUGUAGCGGGUCAGCGGUGCAUUAAAAAGCUGACGGAUAAUCAGACCUCCACUAUGAUUAAAGCCACAGCUCGCUCUGCGCCCGACAGGCAGGAGGAGAUCAGCAGGCUGAUGAAGAACGCUAACUUCAACCUAGACCCAUACAUCCAGGAGUUUGGGAUCAAGGUGAAGGACGACAUGGCUGAAGUGACUGGCAGGGUGCUACCAGCUCCCAUUCUACAGUAUGGCGGACGGGUAAACGCAGCCCAUUUAUCAGUAACCAUGCAACCGUUUGGUGACGUUUUCCAAAUGCAACAAACUAAAUCCUGGUUGACUGCUGUUUGUUUUUUUUUUUCUUCUUCUUUUCCACAGAACCGGGCUAUCGCGACUCCCAACCAGGGAGUUUGGGACAUGAGGGGGAAGCAGUUUUACAACGGCAUUGAGAUCAAAGUCUGGGCGAUCGCCUGCUUUGCCCCCCAGAAGCAGUGCAGAGAGGAGGUGCUCAAGAACUUCACAGACCAGCUGCGUAAGAUCUCAAAGGAUGCUGGGAUGCCAAUUCAGGGCCAGCCGUGUUUCUGUAAGUACGCCCAGGGAGCCGACAGCGUGGAACCCAUGUUCAGACACCUGAAAAACACCUAUUCUGGACUUCAGCUCAUCAUUGUCAUCCUACCUGGGAAAACUCCCGUUUAUGCGGAGGUGAAGCGUGUGGGAGACACUCUGCUCGGCAUGGCCACGCAGUGUGUCCAGGUGAAAAAUGUCGUAAAAACAUCGCCUCAGACUCUCUCCAACCUCUGCCUAAAGAUCAACGUGAAGCUGGGAGGAAUAAACAACAUCCUGGUUCCUCACCAAAGGUCUGCCGUGUUUCAGCAGCCGGUUAUCUUCCUGGGAGCAGAUGUCACGCAUCCUCCAGCUGGAGAUGGCAAGAAGCCGUCUAUUACUGCUGUGGUAGGCAGUAUGGACGCCCAUCCCAGCAGGUACUGUGCCACGGUGCGUGUCCAGAGACCCCGGCAGGAAAUCAUUGAAGAUUUGUCUUACAUGGUGCGGGAGCUGCUCAUCCAGUUCUACAAGUCGACGCGCUUCAAGCCCACCAGGAUUAUUUUCUACAGAGACGGGGUUCCGGAGGGACAGCUGCCACAGAUUCUUCACUAUGAGCUCCUGGCCAUCAGAGACGCAUGCAUAAAGCUGGAGAAGGAUUACCAGCCUGGUAUCACCUACAUCGUGGUCCAGAAACGCCACCACACACGCCUCUUCUGUGCUGACAAAUCUGAAAGAAUUGGGAAGAGUGGCAAUAUACCUGCAGGGACUACAGUGGACACCAGCAUCACUCAUCCCUUUGAGUUCGAUUUCUACCUGUGCAGCCACGCAGGCAUACAGGGCACCAGCCGGCCGUCUCAUUACUACGUCUUAUGGGACGACAAUCGUUUCACGGCAGAUGAGUUGCAGAUUCUAACCUACCAGUUGUGCCACACGUACGUUCGUUGUACCCGUUCAGUCUCCAUCCCUGCGCCGGCCUACUAUGCCCGGCUUGUGGCCUUCCGUGCCCGCUAUCAUCUGGUGGACAAAGAACAUGACAGUGGGGAGGGCAGCCAUGUAUCGGGUCAGAGUAAUGGCCGGGACCCCCAGGCGCUGGCCAAAGCUGUUCAGAUUCACCACGACACUCUGAGGACCAUGUACUUCGCCUGAGCUUCACCAGCCAUCGUCACCGUCGUUCCCUUCCACCUCAUUUUUACCUGAGCGGGCGGAAAGCCCACUCCCACCUCAUCCCCAUCCCUUACUCCUGGCAACUACCCACUACACACACUUCCACAGACCUGCCAGCCAGUCUUCUUCAAUCCAAAAAAACACAACGUCCUCCUGUAAUUACGGGCUGAGUCUGCAGCCUCAUGCACUCGAUAGGUUUUGAAUAUCAUUUUGUUGUUUUUACGUUAUCAGGACAGUUGCUUUUUUUAUGUUGAAUUUUUUUUAAGUGGAUAUUAUGUAUUUGUAUUGUACGCUACCUUCACACUCCUAUCAAUGUAAGUAUGCAAUAGAGAUGGGAGGAAAAAUAGGCUCUAGGAAGGGCAAAAAAAAAUGGUUAAACUUUUUUGUUUUGUUUUGUUUUUUUUAUCUACCGCCACAAUGCUGCCUCUACCCAUCCGAAAGACGGAUGCCAGUGUUCCAAGCCCCUGAGAGUGGGGAUCCUCCAGUUGGGCGGUACUGAGCAUGCACACACACACAUAUAAUUUUUAACUAUUUCAUGACUUGCAUUCAUGUUUUAGAUUUUUUUUUCUUAAAUGAUGUUUAUUGUUUAAAAAAACGGCCUUGAAGAGUCUGAGGUAUGGUACAUUAGCACUUAGUGUUAGCAUGUAGGUGCCACCAGUCCUGCACAUAAAGAGUUUGGUAGUCAUGCGAUGCUAGCCCUCUGGUCUUUGUAUUGGCACCAACAGAAGGAGCGGGUAUAGCGACUGCAGAUGCAGGAGAGAGAUGCUGCUGCACUCUCAGUCCUGAUUGGCUAGUCCCUAGAGAUUUAGCCUAUAGACGCAAGCGUAGCGUAACACUAGAGGGACCAUUUGCAUAGAGUGUAUCAAAUAUACUUGCACCCCAUGCACCUAAACCAGCAUUAUUAACCAGCCAAAAGUGAUGCCAACCAAUGAAAAAGGGGCACUUAAACAGGAAGAUAAUCUUUUACUUCUGUAUUCAAUGCUCUUUAAGGAUUUAUGAGGCACUUUUGUUUACUUACUGAUUUCAUUUUACAAAAUGAACUUAGAAACUUGACAAACUACUUUAAACUUUCACUCCAACACUUGCAUUGCUUUCAGAACAAAGGCAACAUGCAAGGCCAACUAUCCUUGCAUGUUGAACUAUCCUGGACAUUUGAAAGCAGGCAAACAAGGUCUGUGAUCACUCAAGUGCUGCAAAGCUGAACACGCCUUCAGCCAGGGGCCUUGCUCUGAUCGUUCUGCACAUCAUCAUUCCUACUCGUAUCGGUGGUAGUGAAGCCACACAGUGCAUUCUAACACUUUGGAUCACAACAUUCUUGUCAUACCUGUACACACCUAUCUUCCAUCUGUCCUGCUCUUCCCACUGCAGGCAUUUACAUAUCAUUGCCUGGAAAACAAAAGCACACAUAUCUGAGCUCUUGGUUUCUGUCUCGGCCUGUAGAGAAAAAACUAAGCCAAUGCACUUGUCUCAUGUCCCAUUCAGGCCAAACUAUCACUGCAUUGGCCUCUUCCGUCACUCCUUCCUUGCCAAUUGUUUGGCGUUAUAGACAUUCAGCAUCCUCUGCCCCAGUCCCCUAGUCUGUGUUUGCCAAAUUUCUAUUGGUGCUCUGUGUGCAUGGGCGGCACAGACGGGGAAUUGCUCAUUGGACAGGGUGGGCCUCUAUUACUACUACUUAAUAUGCCCUGCCUUUUACAUCGUGUAGUUCUCUGGAUUUAUAGGGGGGGAAAAAAUGCAUGUAAUUAUUAUUUUUUAUUGACUGGAUAUUCUGAGCCACCUUACUUUGGUUUUCUUAGAGGUAGGAGCCUUGUGCUCGCCACUGCCUGUUAAUUGUUUUGCCUUGAUUGUGUAGUGGUUAUAAAGACUGCUAUUUUUUGUCAUUAUGAAUAUUGUGACUAUUGUCAGUGUUUCCUCAAGAGGGCACUGUGGAGACGGUCUCAAAAUUCCACCUCAGCUGCCCUUAAAACGCCUCAAAUCUUGUCUGAUGGUCAGAGCCCUCUUGACGUCGAAAGGGAUUGUGAGAAAAGAGACCAGACAAGUUUGAUUUUAAAAUCGUAUUUAUGAACUUGCGUAAUCAGAAUGCCUUUGUACGCCGUUUUACUGAUCCUUCAUUGUGUCCAAGGUGAUUUGUAUAUAUAAAUAUAUAAUAUUUACAUGUUAUAUUUUGGCCCAACACACGCGGGGCCUUUUCACUCUUGAGGCCAGUGUUUUACUGCUUGUUCUGUACUCGACAAAUACCAGCCUGGGGAUAUUUCCCGGGCACCACUAAAUCCAGAUGCAGUUCUUCACUUGCCGAAGCCACAAAAGCACCUUGCAAAGGGGAGACACAAAAAUUUGCAGUCACCCUAGAAAUGUAUCGUGGACACAGGAGAGUCCGUUCCUCUCCACACAGCCUCACGGUCUGUCAAAGCAAUAUUGAAGCCACUGAUCAAGAACAGUCCUUCUCAUAGCACUUCCCAAUAGAUAUGAAUGAAAUGACAUGGAAGCAUAUUAUUUUGGCUCUGUGUGUGAUAGUAUUGGAACUCUGUUGGGGAGGGUUAUUUUUUAAUGAAAAUAAAAUUUGUUUUUUUAA